AUGCCGUCGUCGACGUGCACCGUCCGCGGCACGCACCAGUUGGAGAUCGUCGGCUACAGCCUCAUCAAGGGCCUCGCCGCCGGAGAGUUCGUCCGGUCCGGCACCUUCGCUGCCGGUGGCUACCGGUGGUCCGUCCGCUUCUAUCCUGGCGGCUUCUCGGCGCCACACUGCACGUACGUGUCGGCCUUCGUCAAGCUCAUGAGCAACAACGCCAGGGCCUGGGCGCGCUUCGACCUGCGGCUGGUGGACCGCGCCACGGGGCUGUCGCGCUCCGUGUACCGCGCGGCGCAGCCCGUCGUGUUCGACUACUCGGUGUGGCACAAGAGGAGCAAGGGCAAGAGGGGCGCCCGCGCGUUCAUGCCACGGAGCGAGCUCGAGGCGUCGGCGUACCUGCGCGACGACCGGCUCACCAUCGAGUGCGUCCUCGACGUCGUCGCCGACGAGGCACGGGUGCCCGAGACCGUAGCUCUGUGUCAGCUCAGGGUGCCGCCCUCGGACCUGUCGAAGCAUCUCGGCGAUCUGCUGAACCAGCCGGACCAAGCAGACAUCUCGUUCGACGUCCGAGGAGAGGUUUUCCAUGCACACAAGGUGGUGCUCGCCAUGCGGUCUCCGGUCUUCAAGGCCGAGCUCUACGGAGACAUGAUGGAGAAGGGGAUGGAGUGCAUCGCCAUUGACGACAUGCAGCCUGUGGUCUUUCGAGCUUUGCUUGGCUUCAUCUACACCGACAUCUUGUUGCUCCCGGGCGAUCUCGAAGGAGACUGCUGCUACAAGGAGAUGGUGCGUCAUCUCCUUGAGGCUGCGGAUCGAUACGGCGUGGAGCGGUUGAAGUUGAUCUGCGAGAGCAUCUUGUGCAGGAGCCUUGAUGAGAGCACGGUGGCGACUACACUCGCCUUAGCUGAUCAACACUACUGCAAGGCACUGAAAGAUGUUUGUGUUCAGUUUAUCUCCUCAAAAGAUCAGCUCGCUGAUGUGUUUACCAAACCACUGUCAAAGGCUCCAUUCACUUGGAAUUGCAGCAAUCUCAACCUGAGCAGACCACAGGCGUUGUGA